AGCGCCCAGGGACGCAGGAAGCUCGUGAGGGAGCCGCACUCACUCCGCCCUGAGAAAGUAACGGCGGCAGCACACGCCGAGCGCACCGCGCGCUGCGUUUGGAACCUUAUGGACGCUGUAGCCCCGGUGCAUGUUGGGCCCUGUAGUCUUAUUGAGCCCAGGUGCAUGCCGGGCCUCGGAGUCCGCACGGCUCUGCGUUCUGCUCUGUGACGUUGCUGGUUGCGGCGAGGGUAAGGGGCGGGGCGCGGCGCGGCGCGGCGCGCGGCGCGCACCCUUGGAGGGCCGGUCCUCGUGCAGGCCGGCGAUGGGCGGUUAAGCGGCUCCCUGCCAGCCAGCCGGCGAGAGGCUGCCGGAGCGGAGUUCGCUUUCCUUACGCCCAUCCCGGCUCCCGGAGCCGCUGGGGGAAAUGCCCGAAGCCACCCGGCUCGAAGCCAGCAGCGGGGACGAGGCCGAGAGCCCCAUGGAGAGCGGCAGCGGGAGGAGGCACAAGAAAGAUAAAAAAGAGAGAAAAUCUAAACACCAUGAUAAAUCCAAGAAGAGGAAAUCCCGAACAGAGGAAAAUGGCCUGUCUGAAGAUGACCUUGAACCUCCCAAACUCAAAAAGAUGAAGGAGAGAGAGAGAGUGAAUGGAGAUACUGGGGAAAGAAACCGAGAGCACAAGAAGAAAUCUUGCUCCCUAAGUAAUGGAGUCACCCCCACAAAAACCCAAUGUAAUUUCAGUGAAGCAUCAAGUGGAGAGUGUGACAGCGAACAAGAGCAGGAACUGACUGCAGAGCAGAAGAAAGGUGCUUUCUCCAAUUUUUGUAUUUCCAAAGACACUAUUGAGCUUCUUCGAGCUCGAGGUGUAACAUACCUGUUUCCUGUGCAAGUAAAGACCUUCAAGCACAUAUAUGAUGGCAAAGAUGUUGUAGCUCAAGCUCGAACUGGAACUGGAAAAACAUUCUCUUUUGCCAUUCCCUUGAUUGAAAAGCUUCAGGGAGAAAUGCAGGAGAGGAAAAGAGGCCGCACGCCAAAGGUGUGUGUUCUUACUCCAACUAGAGAGUUGGCAAACCAGGUAGCCAAAGACUUCAAGGACAUCACAAAGACGCUCUCAGUGGCUUGUUUUUAUGGAGGAACGGCAUACAAUGGACAAAUUGAUCUAAUUCGAAGUGGCAUUGACAUCUUGGUUGGGACCCCAGGUCGAAUCAAAGACCACCUUCAGAAUGGCAAGCUGGAUCUUUCCAAACUCAAGCAUGUUGUCCUGGAUGAAGUUGACCAGAUGUUGGACAUGGGCUUUGCUGAACAAGUGGAGGACAUUUUACAAGUUGCGUACAAGAAGGAUUCUGAAGACAAUCCCCAGACAUUGUUGUUUUCUGCAACUUGCCCACAUUGGGUAUAUGAUGUGGCUAAGAAAUACAUGAAAUCCAGAUACGAACAGGUUGAUCUCAUCGGGAAGAGGACUCAAAAAGCUGCUGUGACUGUAGAACAUUUGGCUAUAGAGUGUCACUGGUCUCAAAGAGCAGCAGUUAUUGGAGAUGUCAUUCAGGUUUACAGUGGCAGUCAUGGACGGACCAUAGUCUUUUGUGAGACCAAAAAGGAGGCAAAUGAACUGGCCCUGAAUGCUUCUAUUAAACAGGAUUGCCAGUCGCUGCAUGGUGACAUUCCUCAGAAACAAAGGGAGAUAACAUUGAAAGGUUUUAGAAAUGGUGUGUUUAAAGUUCUGGUUGCAACUAAUGUAGCUGCCCGUGGUUUAGAUAUCCCUGAAGUUGACCUGGUUGUACAAAGUUCACCACCGAAGGAUGUGGAGUCGUAUAUUCAUCGUUCUGGGCGCACAGGGCGAGCUGGACGGACUGGGAUGUGUAUCUGUUUUUAUCAGCGAAAGGAAGAAAGUCAGCUGAGAUAUGUGGAACAAAAAGCAGGAAUUACGUUUAAGCGUGUAGGUGUUCCUACUGCAACAGAUAUAAUAAAGGCUUCCAGCAAAGAUGCCAUCAGGUGUUUGGAUUCUGUUCCUCAAACUGCCAUUGACUAUUUCAAAGAGUCAGCUCAGUGGCUAAUAGAGGAAAAGGGGGCAGUGGAAGCUAUGGCUGCAGCACUAGCCCAUAUUUCUGGGGCUACUUCCAUUGAACAGCGUUCCUUGCUCAACUCAGAUGUGGGAUUUGUAACAAUGACAUUGCAAUGCUCGGAAGAGAUAAACAACAUAAGCUAUGCCUGGCGAGGGCUAAGAGAACAGCUGGGUGAUGAAAUUGAUAGGAAAGUGAACAGAAUGUGUUUUCUCAAGGGAAAAAUGGGGGUGUGUUUUGAUAUUCCUGCAGUGAAUCUUAAACAAAUACAGGGAAAAUGGCAGGAUUCAAAACACUGGCAUCUGACUGUGGCAACUCAAUUACCCGAGUUAGCAGAAACCCAGCGAGAAGGAGGCAGAGGCUUCUAUGACUCCAGGAAUGGGAGGCGAAGUGGCAGCUUUAAUAGAAACAGAUUCAGAAAUAGAGGCCAGAAACGAAGUUUUGACUGAGCAUUUGAUCACUAGCUCUAACAAUAAAAUUUGCAGAAAUGAGACUAAAAUAUUUUUAUCCACAUUAAAAAAAGUCAUGUUCAUUCUAUGUUUGUGCCACUAGCAAAAUCUGUCAUUCAAAAUGUGUUUUUUCCAGUAUUGCUAGGGAUGGCUGUAUACAGGACCAAUUCAGAGAACAACAAUUCAGUUUAUAAAAAAUUAUGCCUUAUCUUCCCCACAGCUACGACUAAAGAAUAUUCAUCAGCCUCCUCCACAGCGCCUUGUUCCAGGAUGUGUCUUUUGCAAUCAGAAAUCUGGCUUGGGUUUACUACACAGUAUAUAUCAAAAUCUCCAUUUGAAUUGGUCUCCAGUGGUGACUGAAACCUGUCCACUUUCCAAAAUAAUUAAAUUAUUAUUUCUACAUGGUCA